AUUCAUUUGUCCGUGCGAAUAUGUGGCGCUUUACAUCGACGCCGCCCGUUGAUAUCGUAGCCGAAGGCUUCCUUCUCUACUCGUCUCCGCGGCGCCCUACGCCGACCGCGCGUUGGUGUGUCCUCGACGGCGCACGCCACACGCUCAGCAAGUACGAGAGUGCCAAGCGGUCUCGACUGCUUGGUGGGCCCAUCGAGAUCAUCGACGCGCGAAUCGUCGAGGCGUCUGAGAGUGCCACGUCAUUCACUUUGCACUUGAAGACAUUGUACCACGGCAUGACGGAGCUCACAUUCACCGCCGACUCCAGUAAGGAACGCGCCCGCUGGGUCGACGCGCUCACACGCAGUUCGCACGGACUCGCGUCGGGUAUCUCGAAGCGCAUGGCGCACCGAGGUGUCUUGAACGGGCAGUAUGUGCUCGUGCGCGAGCUUGGGCGCGGCGCGUCCGGCAUCGUGUACCUGUACACGUGGCACGGCAAGCCCUGCGCCGUGAAGCGGCUCUCGGCGUCGCACAAGCGCGGCCAGCCGCCAGGCACCUUGCCCGACGACGCGCGGCGCGAAAUUGCAAUCUUGCGUAAAGUGAGCAACCUCCCGCACGUCGUAUCGCUCUACGAUGUCAUCCACGACAGCGCCAAUGACUGCGUGUACUUGGUCAUGGAAUUCCUUGGCGGCGGUCCGAUCGCGUCGUACGACAAAGCCACAAAACGCUUCCACACGAAACACAUCAUGGGCGAAGGGGAUUUGAAGCGGCUCUUGCGCUGCGCCUCCGUCGGGCUCAAGUACUUGCACGCCAACCACCUCGUGCACCGCGACAUCAAGCCCGACAACCUCCUCUUGACGGACGACGGGCGCGAGUGCAAGCUAGCCGACCUAGGCGUCGCGCACUUUUUUCCGCCGCCCACAUCGUUGCAAGGCGACGUAUCUGCAGAGGGCGACGACGACGACAAGGCCGCGGCGGGGUCGGCACCCGGCAUGCUCAUCAACACCAAAGGAACGUACGAGUUUAUGUCACCGGAAGCGCUCUCGGGGGAGGAGUAUUCCGGUUACGCGGCCGACAUUUGGGCUCUUGGCGUCACCUUGUAUGCCCUCGCCGUCGGGCAACUUCCGUUCCAAGCGCAAAGCAUCCUCGCGCUCUUUGAUGUGAUUGCGACGGCGCCACUGAUCUUUCCCACGACCACCAAAGCGCUUUCGCCGGCGCUCACCGACUUGAUCACGCGCAUGCUGACAAAAGAUGUCGCGCAACGCAUCACGCUCGACGACGUUCUGUUGCAUCCGUGGCUCUCAACCGGCGCGACUAAGCAGUACCUCCACCAUUCCACCGCGGCCCUCGGCGAGGUGGUCAUUGAUGCCUCCGACAUGUCGGGCGCGGUCUCACCCCUGCAGCUUAAGUUUGACCAACUUCGAAUGAGCGUCACCGCGUCCGAGGACCUCGCUCUGUGGAGCGUCCUGUCAACCUCGACCGUAGCGUGUUCGACAAACCAGUACACGCCAACGCCGAUCGACAUUGUGAACGUCCCGUUGCCGGUUCGGCUUCGCCAAGACAUUGUGUGGCUGGCGCAGCAGGUGCACUUUGCUUGGUGCACGACCAAGACCCUCGAGGGGUGGCGCGCGGGACCUGAGCGCAGCGAAGACGAGAAGAUCCACCCGCUUCUCGUGCCCUACCAGCACCUCGACGACGCUGCAAAAACCCGGAAUCUGGCGUCGGUCACGGCCUCGGUGCAGUGCAUUGUGGCCUUAGGCUAUGCGCUGCGAGCGCACAAGGCGUCGGCGCCAACGCGCUUGUUUCCGCUGUCACUUGAGCGCAUCUCGCUCUCUGGUGACUUGGUCAUUCUCGGUGACCUGCUCGCAGAGAACGACCACGAGGUGUGGGCCCACGAGUACAUGGCACUCGGGUGGAAGUAUGGCGCUGGCUACGACCCAGAGCUCAAGACGCACCCGUCGCUCGUGCCGUUUCCAGCGCUGCCGGCCGGUCAGCGCGACGCAACGCGCAACGCGGCGCUCGUUGUCAUCAAGAGCCUCGUCGCACUUCAGUACUCGAUCCAGCACAUACACGCCAAAUACAACCACGAGUCCAACCAGCACGCCGAGCUCGUGCGCUAGUGUCGGCAGCUCCAUGUCUCCGUCGUCCAAGAGAAAGACACCUACCUUCAACGAUACGAGCUCUUGCAUGAGUGCUGACACUAGCGCCGACAGUUCCAUAGAGGGUGCUGAUCUAUGGAGACCUGCGAUGUGCUCUGG